UUUUUUCCCCCCUCCUACCACCUGUGGUUUGGCCCUCUGGACAGAAAGGCGCGCUAAUGCUACCUCGAUUCGAUUGUGGUUUCUUUUUCCCCAUUGGGCCAGCUGCGUUUUUAGAGGCAUGAUCACACCCCGGUGCAUCGUUCUCUCAUGUCUUCAGCUCGCAAAUCCGCUGCGUGGCUCAAGCUAGCCGUCUUUAGGAAUAGUUUGGAACAUCGGAUUAGCAAUUUCGCUACGCUCGGGGAUGAAAUUCGUUUAGACGACGCAUUUCUCCGCAAACUAUUGACGGCUUAUGUCUACGGGCUGUCCAAGACUCUUUCCCAAAAGUCCGUUCUUUCCGGACAAGACCGCAUUGCCCAGUGCACCCGCUCUCUCUUAUCUGCCAGUCAUCUCCCAGGUUUGAAGCCCCCUGAUCAACAUGCGAAUUGCAGAAUUGAGCCAGUAUUGACACGGAUAUGUCCGUGCACCUGUCGGGACGUCUGGAUCGCAAAUCACAGAGCUAGAAAGCUCAGGAGUUCCCCGAUUUUCAAGAGUUCAUUCCGACCAUCUGGAAACCCCGAUGUUCCACCAAUGGCUGAUCUCUGGUCCCAGACACGGCAGUAGUGUAAGAAUGUUCUCCGUGCACAUUACACGCAAACACGAUACGUACCAUACAAUUUCAGCCUCGAAUCAGGAGUGACAGGUCGUAUGUAUGCGCUGGAGCCCAUACCGUAUCCACAUGUCAUGGAUUUUACUUUUUUUAUUUUUAUUUCUUUCUAAAGCGAGAACGGGCCGAUUCAAAAGACGUAGAAAUGAUAAAUACUCCUGAACUCUGAACACUUCUUACCGAAAGUUUCUGCACCAAAACGGUCUG